AUGAUGUCGAGGAACGUCUUGCGCCAAUCUGGCCGCAUUGCCGGUGCUUUGUCUGCUUCGAGCAGAAUAGCUGCUUCCCGUGUCGUCACCCCUGCACCAUUCAAUGCCGCCUCAAAACAAGUGCGAUCAUACGCUGCUGAUGCCAAAGCCUCCCCCACCGAAGUUUCGUCCAUCCUUGAGCAGAGAAUCCGUGGUGUGCAAGAGGAGGCAGGUCUAGCUGAGACUGGCCGCGUCUUGUCCGUCGGUGAUGGUAUUGCCCGUGUCCAUGGCAUGAGCAAUGUCCAAGCCGAAGAGCUGGUCGAGUUUGCCUCUGGCGUCAAGGGAAUGUGCAUGAACUUGGAAGCCGGGCAGGUCGGUGUGGUGCUUUUCGGUUCUGAUCGUCUUGUCAAAGAAGGUGAAACUGUCAAGCGAACUGGCCAGAUUGUCGAUGUUCCUGUCGGCGAGGCCAUGCUUGGUCGUGUUGUUGAUGCCCUUGGUCAACCCAUUGAUGGCAAAGGCCCAAUUAAGACCACCGAGAGACGUCGUGCCCAGCUCAAAGCCCCCGGUAUCCUUCCUCGACGAUCUGUCAACCAGCCGGUCCAAACUGGCCUGAAAUCCAUCGACGCCAUGGUGCCAAUUGGUCGUGGCCAGCGUGAAUUGAUCAUCGGCGAUCGACAAACCGGAAAGACCGCCGUCGCCCUGGAUGCCAUGUUGAACCAAAAGAGAUGGAACAACGGCAAUGACGAGACGAAGAAGCUCUACUGCGUCUACGUUGCCGUUGGCCAAAAGCGAUCCACGGUCGCGCAGCUCGUCAAGACCCUGGAGGAGAACGACGCCAUGAAGUACAGCAUUGUCGUCGCUGCCACCGCUUCUGAGGCCGCUCCUCUGCAGUACAUCGCUCCUUUCACCGGGACUGCCAUUGGUGAAUGGUUCCGCGACAACGGCAAGCAUGCGCUCAUAACUUUUGACGACCUUACAAAACAGGCUGUGGCGUACCGCCAGAUGUCUCUGCUGCUCCGUCGUCCUCCUGGGCGUGAAGCUUACCCUGGUGACGUCUUCUACCUCCACUCUCGACUUUUGGAACGUGCGGCCAAGAUGAACGACAAGCACGGCGGUGGCUCCUUGACCGCUCUUCCCGUCAUUGAAACCCAGGGUGGUGAUGUGUCUGCCUACAUUCCUACCAACGUCAUUUCAAUCACUGAUGGCCAGAUCUUCUUGGAAGCCGAAUUGUUCUACAAGGGUGUCCGACCUGCCAUCAACGUCGGUCUCUCCGUGUCUCGUGUCGGCUCCGCUGCUCAGCUUAAAGCCAUGAAACAAGUCGCUGGUUCCCUGAAGCUCUUCUUGGCCCAGUACCGAGAAGUUGCCGCCUUCUCCCAGUUCGGUUCCGAUCUCGAUGCUGCCACCAAGCAAACCCUCAGCCGUGGUGAACGUCUCACUGAACUCUUGAAACAGAAGCAAUAUAGCCCUAUGGGUGUCAACGAAAUGGUUCCUCUCAUCUACGCCGGUGUCAACGGUCACUUGGAUAGCGUCCCCGUGGGCAAGAUCCUCCAGUGGGAAGCUGACUUCCUCGCACACCUGAAGAGCGAUCAAUCAGAACUGCUGGCCAAGAUUGACAAGGAAGGCCAGCUGAGCAAGGAUCUCGAGGCACAACUGAAGGAGGUUGUCCAAAACUUCACCAAGAGCUUCUCAUAG